CAGUCAUGUUUAUAUCUGGUCAUUGAAGAGAGGUAACAUCACAAGACGACCUGGCGAGUGCUUUACGUUUUCAGCUAACGUUCAACCGCUCAACAAAGGGCAUUUCUUUUUCGUCAAAACGAGAAUAAAGCGCGCCCGUCGUCUCCGGGUCAAAUAUAGAACGAAUUACAUUUUUGAAAUAAGACUAUAAUACGAAACAAAUAGCGAAAGUGUGGAAGUCGGUUGCGCAACUCUGGAGUUUUUGAGAGUCACAUGUUCCCAGCUGGAGGGGGAUUUCGGUGCUUCUGAUGCAAUUCCCUUUGUUGAGCUCAUAGUAUAGCGAUCCCGGCUUCAGGACAGCAGUCCGUUAGUUCAUGAUCGUUGCAAACAACUUUUGAAGGUUUAACUGUAAACAAGUUGAUUCAGCACCACGGAAGUUGCGUUAUAUUUCGCAGAAUGAACGACAAUAGCAAACUCGAGACCGAAGAACUGCUUACUUGCCUUCAUGUCCAUCUCUUCCACCCUAACCAAGCCAGCCGUCCACUCUUCCACAACCUGCCCCUAAAUCAGCCGUACAAAAUGGAGGCUGAAGACCCACUAAGGCUCGGCCGCGACGGACAGACCUGCAUCUUCGCCCUGAACGACACCUCUGUUUCCAGAAAACAGCUCUCCGUACAGGCUCAUAAGAAAGCUGGCAGCCCGUGCUUGAGCUUCACGAUCCAGAACAUGAGCCAGAAGGUCAAGCUAAUGGUUGGCGGGUCCGAACUGAGGUACCUCGAAAAGGCUGAGCUUGACGAUAAGGUGCUCUGCCGCUUUGGAAGAUACGAGCUGCUGAUUUGGCAGGAACCAGGAGAUUGCGAGAAUAAGUUUGAGGUCCUGUUUGAAACAUGCAAUGCACCUCCUUCGCAGGAAUCGGGCACAGAUGUGCCAUGCAAACCUCCUGUUAUGGAUACCAACAUGCCGUGGAGAAACUUUGAGAAUGGAGCGCCAGUAAGCCAAGAGCCGCUGGAGUCAGAUGAGACAGUUGUUUUAGUGUAGAUAUUUUUUUGGACAUUGCUCUGCGAGGAAUCAGACUGAUCAGAAUCUGUGUUUAAUUACUGUUGUUGUCGAUACUGUGUGUUAUGAAAGCACUCAGCAUGUCUUUAACGUUUAAACCUCAGAAGUGACCCUACUAAGUGACCUACUAACAUUUCUUCUGGAAUGUCACUGAACCAGUUUUGUUGCCUAUACCGUGUCUUUGUGUUCCUUCUUUUGUACAGAUAUUUUAUUACAUAUUUUACUGGGAUUAUCGUCACACACGUGCUUUCUCUUAAUCAUUGUGUGUGUUCCUUGCAUAAGUGCCUUUGGCCGUUGUUUUUAUAAAUAAUAUUUUUAUUGCAUUGUAUUAUUUUAUAUCGACUGUUACUUGACAGAACACGAAUCAUAAGCUUUUGAAAAAUGUGAAAUGACUGUGAUUGAAGGGUUAUUCGUUCUACUGUCAUGUUAUCUCAUAUAAUAAAAUAAAAUGUUCAUAUUUA